UACAUGUGAUGAAAGGGAUGGCCUAGAUACACGCUGAACCUACCUCCACAUUGAACUAAAUGCAUUUUGCAUAAUGGGGAGAAAAAAGGCGCCGUUGGGAUCUAUAAAUAACUCGAUCAUUGCUGUGUAAAAGAAACAGCACAGUUAUAUACAGGUACAAUAAACCAGCGGGGGACAUUGCCGUGAAAGAAGCCGUCAGCCGAGGUCGUGUCGAUACUUCCUCUUAACUUUAGGACCAAAAUUGCCGGAUAAAUCUGUAUUCAUCAUCUGAAUUAAGAGAAUCAUCAUGGCGGCAGAGAGAUUCACUGGAAAUAACGGAAAGGGUAUGUUGGGGGUGUGUAUAGACGGAGAAUACUUUCCAGCUUUUCCGAAUGUGGCUGAGAAUAUCAAACAGCUUCGUGGGAUGGAGAUACACAAGGACGACGUGAUUGUGACUGGCUACCCGAAGGCAGGUCUACACUGGAUUUGUGAGAUCGUUCACAUGUUGCUAUGCAACACAACACAAGUCAGCAAAUUUGUCACUGGCAAGGCACCGGAAGUGGUUCUCCACAUGGAAAAAGUCUCGUUACAGGAUCUCGAUAAUCUCGCAGCACCGAGAAUAAUGUGGUCGCAUCUCCAUCACGACCGGUUGCCACGCGACAUGGUUAACAAACAUCCAAAAAUAGUGCACAUCGUGCGAAAUCCAAAAGAUUCAGCUGUAUCCAUGUAUUAUUUUUGUAAACGUCUUCCUUUUGUCAAGUAUGAUGGAGAGUGGGACGAUUUUCUUGAAAUGUUCAUGGAUGGCAAAGUGUUAUAUGGAUCCUGGUUUGACUACGAGGCCGACUGGCAACAGAAAGAAACCAACGUAUUUAACAUUUCUUAUGAACAGCUGCGAGAGGCUCCACUCCAAGUUCUCCCGGAACUCUCAGCCUUCCUGGGCUGUGACAGAAGUCCCGAGUUCCUGCAGAAAGUUGCAGAAGCCACGUCGUUUGAGAACAUGAAGACGGUGAAAGAGGAACAGAUGAAGGCUACCCCGCUCCCGUACAAGAACGGAGUUUUAUACAGAAAAGCAACCGUAGGCGACUGGAAGCACCAUUUUACGGUGCAUCAAAAUGAGCGUUUCGACGCUCUGUGGAACAAAAAGAUGCCCGGUGCAGGGUUUUCUUCCGUCAUAACGAACUAGUGCGAAACUAUAGAGACCAUUCCCACAGAUAUUUAGAUCGAUCUAUCCCCCAGGGGAGUUUCACUAGAUUGCUGUCAGCU